AUCUAUAAAACUAUUCCGGCGCGUAUUUGAUGCAUUUAGUACUGGAAUUCACCUUGAAACAAUAGCUUGCAAUCUACUCGAAAUGACAGCCCUUCAGGUUCGGAUUAUCGUCUUUACCGUUCUACUGCUGGUAUCGUCAGUGCAAAGUGACAGUCAGUGUGUCAACAAUCCCCAUCGUAGUGUGAAUCUGUUCGCUGAUCCCGAAGAUUGUGCAAAGUACAUUGUUUGCGCAGGACAGAUCAAGAUUGUUCGAACCUGUCCCGCCGGUUCAUGGUGGAGUGAAAGUGAACUGUUGUGUACUACCAGCAAAAAGGCUCCGUGUGGGAAACGUCCGAAACGAAGAUCAAUAGAGUUAGCUGGUAUUUCGGAAGCACAAGAUCCCGCAGUAUCGUGUAUCACAAAUUCAGAAUCAUGUCCUGCUGUUUUCGAUCCAAAUAAUAUUAUUUUGAGAGCUCAUGAAGAAUGUGGGAAAUAUUAUCUGUGCAUAUCGUAUAUGCCCCUGGUACUCAACUGUCCUGUGAAUCUUCAUUUUAACCAAGAUACUUGUGAAUGUGAUUAUCCUGGUAACGCUAAUUGCCAACCCAUAACAACCACCACUGUGGAGUCCACAACCUCAGUGUCUACGACAACCACCACUGUGAAACCAACAACCACAGCGACUUCGACAACCUCCACUGUGGAGUCCACAACCGCAGUGUCUUCGACAACCUCCACAGUGAAACCAACAACCACAGCGACUUCGACAACCUCCACUGUGGAGUCCACAACCGCAGUGUCUUCGACAACCUCCACAGUGAAACCAACAACCACAGCGACUUCGACAACCUCCACUGUGAAGCCCACAACCACGGUGUCUUGGACAACCACCACUGAUGCAAGUACCAAGCCACCAGUAUCGUGCGUCAAAGCUACCGACCCAUGUCCGGCAAUUUUCGACCCGAACGACGUAGUCCUGAGAGCGCACGAAGAUUGUAGCAAGUACUACGCGUGCAUAUCGCUUCUACCAGUGUCAUUCAAUUGUCCCAAGCAUCUACGCUUCAAUCAAAAUACCUGUGAAUGCGAUGAUCCUGAAUCGGUAAAUUGUGGAAGCACAUCGACUACAUCGUGGGAAUAUCCCUCAACAACAACGACCAUCCACUACUAGACCUACCGUGGAAUUGAUAGCAACACUACACUAAAUAGCGUACUUAUAUAUGACCAAAUUAUACAAUCAAUAAACUGUUUGUUAAAAACGUAAAAAA